CAACAACCCAACCCACUCAACCAUGACAAUCGAGACCAAAACCAUCACCGUCUUCGGUGCAACCGGCCGCCAAGGCAGCUCCGUCGUGCGCUCGCUCGUGCAAAACCCUACUUUUCACGUCCGCGCCAUAACCAGGAACCCAUCGUCGAGCAAAGCCAAUGAACUGGCUUCCCUGGGCGCAGAGCUAGUCAAAGCCGAUGGGUUCAACCGACAGGAACUCCAGCAGGCGUUUUCGGGUAGUUGGGGGGCGUUUGUGAAUACGAAUUCGGAGGAUCCGGAACUAGAAGCCAAAGGCCUCAACGACGCCGACCUAGGCAGCAACAUCAUCGAAUGCGCCGCUUUAUCCGGCGUGCAGCAUCUAGUGUAUAGCUCUGGUCUUGCGAUAUCAGAAAUGACGAAUGGGGCAGUGAAAUGUCCUGGUCUUGAUUUAAAAAUCCAAGUCGAGCGACAAGCCUACACCACCAAGGGCUUCAAAACCGUAACCCCCAUCGUCGCCGCGUGGUUCAUGGAGAACUGGCUCGAGCCAGACUACGCCAACUUAUUCGGCGGAUGGCCCACAUUCCCUGACUCUGCGGGCUAUCUAACAUACAAGACGCCCUUCUGGGGCGGGAAAGAAGAUUUCCCCUGGAUCAGUAUGAAAGAUGACUUUGGGGAUCUGGUUCAUGGGGUUUUUGUUAACCCGUUGCGGUGGAAUAGACGGCUGAUUCAGGGGUCGAGUGAUAUUGUUUCAUCGGCGGAGGUGGUGAAUACGUUUGUUUCUGUGACGGGCAAGAAAGCCCGGUAUGAGGUUCUGGCGGACCCGAAUGACAUGAAUACGAAGGGGGAAUAUUGGCGUGAGCAGGAGCGGGAUGUUUUUAUUUAUUCGCAGUUUAGGGAUGGGGAGUACUUCGGUAAUGGGCCUACGGAGAUUCAAACUGCUGCGGCGUUGAAGAAGGCGGCGUUUAAGGCCAAGGGGGAGAAGGGGAGGGAGACGCUUAUUACUGUGAGGGAGUUUAUGGAGAGGGAGUUUGCCAAGGUGUAGAAGAGAUGACUAUACUAUGUCAGAAACUGGAUAUGCAGAGUUACUUGCGUAACGAUAG